AUGACAAACCUGCAUGGAAUUUUAUUAAAUAUUACUUUAAACUUUACUACAAGUCUUACUACAACUCUUACUACAAGCAUUACUACAACUCUUACAACAAGUCUCACUACAAGUCUUACUACAAGCCUUACUACAAUUCUUACUACAAGUCUCACUACAAGUCUUACUACAAGUCUUACUACAAGUCUUACUACAAGUCUUACUACAAGUCUUACUACAAGCCUUACUACAAGCCUUACUACAAGUCUCACUACAAGUCUUACUACAAGCCUUACUACAACUCUUACUACAAGCCUUACUACAAGUCUUACUACAAGCCUUACUACAACUCUUACAACAAGUCUCACUACAAGUCUUACUACAAGCCUUACUAGAACUCUUACAACAAGUCUCACUACAAGUCUUACUACAAGCAUUACUACAACUCUUACAACAAGUCUCACUACAAGUCUUACUACAUGCCUUACUACAAUUCUUACAACAAGUCUCACUACAAGUCUUACUACAAGCCUUACUACAAUUCUUACAACAAGUCUCACUACAAGAGUUACAACAAGCCUUACUACAAGCAUUACUACAACUCUCACUAAAAGCCUCACUACAAGUCUCACUACAACUCUUACAACAAGCAUUACUACAAGCCUUACUACAGCUCUUACUACAAGCAUUACUACAACACUUAUAACACGUCUCACUACAAGUCUUACUACAAGCUUUACUACAAGCCUUACUACAAGUCUUACUACAAGUCUUACUACAAGCCUUACUACAAGCCUUACUACAAGUCUUACUACAAGUAUUACUACAAGCCUUACUACAAGCCUUACUACAAGCCUUACUACAAGCCUUACUACAAGUCUCACUACAACUCUUACUACAAGCCUUACUACAAGCCUUACUACAAGCCUUACUACAACUCUUACUACAAGCCUUACUACAAGUCUCACUACAACUCUUACUACAAGCCUUACUACAAGCCUUACUACAAGCCUUACUACAACUCUUACUACAAGCCUUACUACAAGUCUUACGACAAGUCUUACUACAUCUCUUACUACAAGCCUUACUACAAGCAUUACUACAAGUCUUACUACAACUCUUACUACAACUCUUACUACAAGCCUUACUAAAAGUCUUACUACAAGCCUUACUACAAGCCUUACUACAAGCCUUACUACAAGUCUUACUACAAGUCUUACUACAAUUCUUACUACAAGUCUUACUACAAGUCUUACUACAAGCCUUACUACAAGUCUUACUACAAGCCUUAUUACAAGUCUUACUACAAGUCUUACUACAACACUUACUACAAGCCUUAUUACAAGUCUGUCUACAAGCCUUAUUACAAGUCUUACUACAAGCCUUAUUACAAGUCUUACUACAAGUCUUACUACAAGUCUUAUAACAAGUCUUACUACAAGCCUUACUACAACUCUUACUGCAAGUCUUACUACAACUCUUACUACAAGUCUUAUAACAAGUCUUACUACAAGCCUUAUUACAAGUCUUACUACAAGCCUUACUACAAGUCUUACUACAAAUCUUACUACAACUCUUAUUACAAGCCUGACUAAAAGUCAGUACAAAUCUCGCUAG